AAGAAUACAAAAAAAGGAAAAGGCUGUGCUUUUAAUAAAAGCAUUUGCCAAAGGUACUGGUGGUAGCAUAGUAUAUAUACCUAUUGUUUCUGAAUACUACAUGCAGCCUAGUAUUUGACCCGAUAAUGACUACAGUACUAGUGUAACUGCCUCCUCAAUUCUCUCCACACAAGACAAAAAGACCAGACACAAGCCAAUCAAUAAACUGCAAAAGAAGAGCCUGUAUUGUAAAUGUGAAAAUGAUUUUGGUAUACAUGAUCAUCACAGCUCUGGUGUGGACUGCUCUGGCGCAAGGAGCUUUGGAAUGCAAUUUAACUCAACCUGGACCACAAAAGUGUUUUGGAGUACUUGACGAACCGCUCAUGUUUUACCUACCUACUAAUACACACACAAAGAUAAGUUUGAAAAAGAAUGCAUGUAACAUUUUAACAUUGUCAAGUUAUCCAUUAAAUGUAAUAAAUAAAAAAUACAAGAAUCAUAUUACAGUCUUCAAAAAUGGGACAUUUAAGAUCAACAAGUCAACAAAAAAUGACUCUGGAGAGUAUAUGGUGGAAAUACACAGCUCUACUAAUGGUUCAUUACUGCACACCAAAAACAUCUAUCUGGAUAUACAAGCUCCUGUGUUAGAGCCAGCUACAUCUCAGUUGUGUUUGUCACCAGAAGAGAAAAUAAUCAGCUGCUCUUCUGAGGGAGAUGAAGUAGAGUUUAUGUUGUUUUUGGACGAUAACCUAUUGUUACAGACCACAACUAAGAGUACAGAAAAAAGCAGCAUUUCAAAGGUUACCGUCACCUUACAUGCUCAACUGAUGGGAAAACUGGCAUGUAUUGUUCAAAACAAUGUCAGCAGACGCCAAAAGAUCAUCCUCAUUACAAGCUGCACGGGUACUGUUGUGACUGUGGCUGUGGUAGCAAGCAUUGGCACUCUACUUCUUGUUUUGGCUGUUUUUCUUGGUGUAAAGCAUUUCAAUAAGAAAACUGACCCCAUGACUGUCAAUAAAGAUCAUAGUGAAGACAAUAUCAUCUACUCAGAUGUUAGAGUCAAACAGCAUGCAAGAAAAACAGCAUCCGAUUAACACGCAAAUGAAUGUUGUCAUCAAAUAUUUUUUCUGACCUUGCCUCAGCAUUAUGCUCUCUCUGUUUAAAUGCAAGACUGCCUUUAUUGUGCUCUGUUUUCCGUGAUAAUCUUUGUCCCAUUUCUUUUAACCUACUGACCUGAAUCAUAAACUUUAAUUCUGUUAGAAUUUUGACCAGAAUCUAAACCUGUCUAAUCUUGGAGACUCAAUAAAGUUUACUGGUCAGUAAUACUUUCAUACAUGUGCUCAAAUUGCUGAUUUGCUUGUGAUUUGGGGUAUGGGUGCUCACAGCAAAUGUGAGUUGUGGUUCUUGUUUUAGGUCAGUAAUCUUCACUGCGUGGAUUGUCGCGACUUUUAGAACCACAAACUAUACAGUGAUCCCUUUUUUUGUGCAAUUUUCCAUGUAUUUUUUUUUCUUUUUUGAACAGCGCAUUGUAUUCUGCGUCCUUAUUGGCUGUAGGCCAUUGUCAAUCAAUUUCGUGCCCUGUCUCCUGUCCAGUACAGAAUGCGUUCAGGUUGUCAAAUUUACAUAAAUCUUCGAUCCCUAGCAGUGUGACUCUGAAGUGCUGUACUGUAUGUUUGUAAGUUUUCUCCCCAACAAACACAACAAUGUCGACAAAACGCUUUGCACCGUCAAAGGCAAACCAAAACCAAAGUGCCUUUGGCUUAAUUCUAUAAUACUAGACUUAUUCUUCUAAGAAGGUUUAAACUUUGAGAGUGUUUAAACAAGAAAGAAAAGUGUGAAAAUGUUCAUGCCUGUCUGAGAAAAGUGUAUAAAGUGUAUGUAGUGAGGGGUUUUACAGCCUAAAACAUCUAUAACAAUUGUAAAAGUUGGCUACUUCGCGGAUUUCACCUAUUGUGGGUUAUUUUUCGAAUGUAACGAUAAACGAGGGACCAUUGUCACUACCUGAUCUGUACUGGAAACCCGAUCCGUACCACACAUGUGCGAAAGGCGUCUACUUCCGCUUGAAGCAUUUUAUGAUAGUUAUGGGUCAGAGUAUCCGUUAAGAUGUUAACAAUAAUAAGUCUCUCUUAAAAUGUUUGCAAUAAUGAAACAUUUCAAUAUAAUGAAGACAUAAAUGAAAAAUAAAAAGCUAGUUAUGGAUCAGGACUCCCCGAUCCUUACUGCGCAUGUGCAGAUGUUCUCUUCUUCUGUUUUGUUUAAGUCUGUAAUUAGGUGCCAUUCUUCUUAUUUUACAGCGCUGUUGUUCAAUCGGGGGAAGCUCUCCGUUGAGAGAAGGGGGACGGAUCGGUACGGUACGGAUCGGGUUUCUGGUACGGAUCUGGUUGUGACAACCACUGUAUCCCGCUUUCAGUGACCUGCUAAACCAUAUGAUACUGCCAAAAUGACAAAGAAGUUAAUAGAAAGUGGUAUACUAUACUUUAGAUGUUGUUAAAACCAUGACAUACAUAUAGCUCAGUAAUCAUUUGUCAAGGUUUGUGAUCAUGUGGCAUUUUGGAAAUGU